GGCUGAGCCGUGGAGCAGGCGCGGAGGCGGAGCAGGCGCGGAGGCGGUGCCGGCGGGGCCUUGGGCACGCUUCGGGGCGCCAAUGAGCGUGCGCGGGGCUAGAGCCACAGUCCUUGGGGGAGCACGGAGAUGGCGGCCGCCGGGGGAGCUUCGUCUGAGCCGGCGGUUUCAGAACAGCCGGCGGAGCUGUCUGCCUCGGUGCGGGCGAGCAUUGAGCGGAAGCGGCAGCGGGCGCUGAUGCUGCGCCAGGCCCGGCUGGCGGCCCGGCCUUACCCGGCGACGGCGGCUGCGGCUACCGGAGGCAUGGCUAAUGUAAAAGCAGCCCCGAAGAUAAUUGACACAGGAGGAGGCUUCAUUCUGGAGGAGGAGGAGGAAGAAGAACAUACAAUUGGAAAAGUUGUUCAUCAACCAGGACCUGUAAUGGAAUUUGAUUAUGUUGUAUGUGAAGAAUGUGGUAAAGAAUUUAUGGAUUCUUAUCUAAUGAACCACUUUGAUUUGGCAACUUGUGAUAACUGCAGAGAUGCUGAUGAUAAACACAAGCUUAUAACUAAAACAGAAGCAAAACAAGAAUACCUUCUGAAAGAUUGUGAUUUAGAAAAAAGAGAACCAGCUCUUAAAUUUAUUGUGAAGAAGAAUCCUCAUCAUGCACAAUGGGGUGAUAUGAAACUCUACUUAAAAUUACAGAUUGUGAAGAGGUCUCUUGAAGUUUGGGGUAGUCAGGAAGCAUUAGAAGAAGCGAAGGAAGUUCAACAGAAAAACCGAGAAAAAAUGAAACAGAAGAAGUUUGAUAAAAAAGUAAAAGAAUUACGGCGAGCAGUAAGAAGCAGUGUAUGGAAAAAGAAGACAGUUGCUCAUCAACAUGAGUAUGGACCAGAAGAAAACCUAGAGGAUGACAUGUACCGGAAGACUUGUACUGUGUGUGGCCAUGAACUGACAUACGAGAAAAUGUGAUUUUUAGUUAAGUGAUAUGUUUUUAUAGUGUGGAAAUUUAGAUUGGUCUUGUUCAAAAUUCAUCAAAGUGUAAAGUCUUCACAGAUGAAUGAAACACUUGUAUAAAUAAUGCUUCAAUAAUUAUGUUAUGGCUUAAGAACAAGUUUCAGUUAAGGUCUAGCAGGUCUGGUUGUGGGCAAAAUAUUUGGGUCUGUGACCAUUUUUUCUACAAUAGGGAUGGGAGCUGAGUGAUAGAAUAGGUUCAAAAUGUUAGGUUAGAGCUAAAAUUGAGAAAUAAGCAACCAAGACAAACCCUAGAUUGGGGUAGGAGGAAGAGCUUUUAGUAGUGAAGGCAAAAACUGGCUGAACUGGAUUUUUAUCCCAAGAAACAGCAGGGAUGGUGGUAGACCACUGCACCCAGAGGCUGGGCCAGGUCUUCUAGACUACUACUGUCUGCAAGUCAGGGAGCAGGGAGCUAUUGCUGGGACAAGUUUUCUGUACCCUUAGGGUUUACUACUAUAGAUCUUAAUAUUAGUUUCCAGAUAGCCCUUUCCAGAUCUGGAUUAAAAUGGAAAAACAGCUAUAUUGUUUGUUGAUCAAAGGUAGUGAUAAGUUUAUCAUAACUUGUUAACAUUUACUGAGCAUUUACCACGUGCCACGCAGACACUAUGCUAAGUGCCUUACAGGUAUUCUCAUUUAAUCCUGGGAGGGAAGACAGCUUGCUUCUGUGCUUGUUUAACACUUCUAAAGGAGUGGUAACCUACAACCUGACAUCACCCCAGACAUCUGGAUCAAGUUUAGGUAGUCAAAUAUUCCUCUAUCUUGUCAAAAGGAUUACAAGGUAGUUAUAUCUAGUAAGAGCAUUUGAUCCCAAGUGCUUGAUUACAGGGUCUGUGCAUUCUUUUUUUGAUAAAAACAAAUUCAAGUUAUGAUAAACUAGAUAUUUUCAAGUUCUUUGACAGGACUUUUUAUCCUACUGCUACAAAUAAAGAAAUAGGAAGUUUUUGUACAUUUUCAUUUCUCUCUCUAGAUCAGCUCUUGGAGACUAUGCUUGAAGAAGGGCAAAAGUCAAAACAAGUCAAAUACAAAGACUUGAGACUAUAAUUACUAAUUGUUCUCUAUAUAAGUAUUCAAUACAGAAAUGUUUAAUAUA